GUACACGUGACUCGGCACCGUGGCGGCUCCCUUUUCGCAGAUUGCCUUGUCUCGCAUCUUCGUCCCUCGUUGCACAGUUGUUUCCCGUUGUUUGCGCGUCGCUAUGCAUUCCAAUUCGUCUGCGUCGUCGUUUUCCGUCUUUACCAUUAUCCAGUAUGCGUUUCUAGCGCUUCUCGCGUAUGUUUUUGCGGGCGCGCCGCUGCAGGAGAUUUUGAGAGGGAAGGGGGGUGCGUACUCGCGCGAUAUCAGCCCUAUGAGUCCGCAGAAGCUCUAUAGUAUUGUCGUUCCAGAUGCAAAUUUAACAUGUGAAGCGCAUGCGUUUAGGAGUGUGCAUGUUAUGAGUAGAGAGCCGUUGGUUGUGUACAUUGAAGGGUUUUUGGGUGAUAAGGAGGUGGAUGAGGUGGUGACAUUGAGCAACCCUCUGUUCGAACCUUCCACCGUCUGGACUUCAGGGAAAGAGCGCCUCGAUACGAGCAUUCGACAUUCUAGCAAAGCAGCUGUCCCGCGUUCGCAAACGGUACAAUGCAUAGAGUCGCGUGCGCGUGCGUUCCAGGGAUGGCGUCCCUUUGUCUUUGUAGAAAAACUAUGGGCGCAGCGCUACGGUCCGAACGGUCACUACACCUAUCACUACGACUGGGCAAGUGCGAGUCAAAGCAUGGGAAGAAUUAGCAGCUAUAUGGUUUGGCUGGGCGAUGCGUGUACAGGAGGUGGAACGCACUUCCCGCGGAUCAAGAGGCCAGAAGGGGACGAAUGGUGCAAGUUCGUGGAAUGCGAUGGUGAAGAGAAGGAGGGUGUGGUGUUCAAGCCGGUCAAAGGCAAUGCUGUCUAUUGGGAGAACAUUCGACCUGAUGGAACGGGAUACGACGAAAGUUGGCACGCCGGGCUUCCGGUCUUGAGUGGGGAGAAAAUUGGAUUGAACAUCUGGAGUUGGUUUCAGGAUGGGUAUGUUCUGCCGAAAGAGGAGGAACAGGGAGCUGGACUGGACUGAGAACGUUGAAGGCGUCAAUCUUGACGCAGGAGCUGUCGUACCGAUCGAUUCCAAGGCGAUUGUUUGCUUCGCUUCGCUCGUACGAUGUCCUGAACCACAUGCGGUGCAGCAAGGGGCUCCCCACAAACAGACUACUCGUGGUCACCACAAGUCUGAAAGUCACGUUAUUCGCCACGGGACAUCAUUGGUUCGAUCUCGAGGCGCAGCUUCGUUGAUUCGUGGGGAAGAGCAGCAGACUGCAGGUGUUUCUCAGCCUUGUGGCCUCCACCACGGAACACAUGGGUACUCAGGUCCGCUGCAGCCAUGACUCGGCUGGCAACCAGCAUGUAUACGUCACUCGCAUGACUGACUCUCAGCAAACCUGAAAGGAUCUGCACCGCUGACUACUUACUCAUU